AUGGACUCGCCAUUUCACAAUGGCGACGACGGUCUGACCGUUGCUGCUACUCCGAACGAGGUGUUCCACCUGCGGGGCUACCAGGCUGAAAUGGUUGCGGAAAGUAUGAAAGCCAACAUCAUUGUCGUUAUGGAUACAGGUUCUGGAAAAACGCAUAUAGCUAUCGAACGUGCGCGGGCGGAACUGGAGACGUGCAAGCCCGACAAGCUCGUUUGGUUUCUUGCACCCACAGUCGCGCUUUGCGAACAGCAGUAUGGAGUUUUCCAAGCCAACCUUCCUGGCUACAGUCAUCUGCUUCUCUGCGGAAGAGACGUUGAGCUAUGGACGACACAGAGCGCCUGGAAUGAAGUUUUUCAACACAAUGUUAGAAUCGUCAUGUCAACGCAUCAGAUUCUACUUGACGCACUCACACAUGGAUUCAUAAGCCUUGAAAAGCUGGCUUUGCUCAUAUUCGAUGAAGCUCACCACUGUACAUUGAAACAUCCGGCUCACAAGAUAAUGUCUGAUUUCUAUAUGCCUCAGCUAAGCGCCAGCACUUCAGCGUUACCUAAAGUUCUUGGCCUGAGCGCUAGCCCUGUCAUGAGAGCAGCGGCCAACAAGCAAGGCCUAGAGACAAUUGAACGAAACCUACAAGCGACUGUGAGAACACCAAAGCUAUAUAGAUCCGAGUUGCUUCGCUCUGUCCACCGGCCAGAACUAACCCAAGUCAACUACACUCGAGAGCCUUCCACUGGAAGUCCCUCGGCGUUGCUGUUGGCACUCAAAAAUGCUUAUGUGAAUUAUGACCUCAUGGAGGACCCAUACGUAAUCGCACUCUUGGAACAGCAGAGAAAUGGAUGCAAUGUCUCUCGGCAGCUUCAGAAGCUCUGGGAUAGCCGCAAGACUUACUGCUAUGACCAGUUGAAGCAGCUGGUGUCAAAAGCUGAGGCAAUGGCACAAGAGCUUGGAAACUCUGUUAUGGAACAUUACGUACAUCAGUGCGUUAAUGAUUUCAAAAUCCUAGCUCAUGAUCAGACUUGCGACUUGUCCACCGAUGAGAGGCGACAUCUUUUGAAUAUAUUUCAUCGUCUCCCAGUCCAGCAGCAUACCACAGGCAUACCCAAUCCGAUGUUAGAAAGUCUAUCAAACAAAGUCAAUGUUCUCAUUGACAUUAUAGUCACUGAAGCCGUCACCAGUUCGAAUUUCACAGGCCUUGUUUUUGUGGAGCAAAGAGUAUGGGUGGCAUCUCUCGCCCAGAUCCUGGCUUCUCACCCACGCACGAAAGCUCUACUCCGUGUGGGCACAUUUGUCGGUAUGUCACAGUCAUCCCAACACAAAUCAAGCAUAUUCAGUUAUGCGAACCCCAAGAACCAGCAAACCGUACUGGAUGAUUUCAAGGCUGGUAUCAUCAAUCUUGUUCUAGCCACCAGUGUCUUAGAGGAAGGCAUUGAUAUACCUAGCUGCCACCUUGUGGUGUGCUUUGAGGCCCCUAAAACUCUCAAAGGCUUCGUUCAACGACGUGGGAGAGCGAGACAACAGAGGUCGCGUUAUUACAUCCUUGUUCCGGACACCGGAGAUGCGUACUCCCCAGCAUCUUGGCAAUCCCUUGAAGCUCAAAUGAGGGAGGCAUACGAAGACGACGAGCGACAAACGACAUUAUCCUUGGAAAAAGAAUCCAUUGAAGAGUAUGACUCACGAUGUCUGAGGAUUGAGAGCACUGGUGCCUUGUUGACUCUCGAUAAUGCCAUGCAGCAUCUAUACCACUUUUGUGCUCGCCUGUCCUCCAGUACCUACGUGGAUGCCCGGCCAGAGUUCGAUUUUACUAACAUUAAUGGUCAAAUUUCUGCCAAAGCCUCGCUCCCUAUUUCUGUCGAUCUUACAGUAAGAACUGCCAAUAGCUCUAGGACAUGGAAAACAGAACGGAUGGCGCAAAAGGACGCCGCUUUCGAAGCAUACAAAACUCUAUACAUCGCUGGCUUGGUGAACGAAAACCUCCUCCCUGUCAUAGAGGAGGAUGGUAAACAUAUGGCACAGUAUCAGACUCGUGACAGCCAGCCUUCUCUGAUACCAGUAUCGCAUACUAUCGACCCUUGGCAAAUUAUCGCUCAGUAUGACCAAACUGUUCUGCCUGAGUGGCAUAGCACUUUACUCGAGGUUACAGCGGAUGGCGAGGAGUCUUUGCGAAUGAUUCUUUUGACCCCGUCUCUUGUGCCUGCAAUGAAAGGUGUAUUGCUUCAUUGGAACGAAACAAAGCAUUACAACGUAGAGAGCUCGCCGUUGAACAGCGUAGUUCUGAAUGACCCUGAGCUUCAGCUAAUGCGUUCUAUUACUUGGAAAAUCCUUCGUUCCGUUUUUGGUGUUCAUAUGAAAGAAGACACUUGCGAUUUCAUCUAUUUGCUCACCCCUUGCGGUACAUCAGGCGGUGUCAUGUCAGCAGCUGAACUCCGUGAAUGGGGCGAGACGAUUGGAAGCCAACAGUCGGCUAUGGAACUUGUAUUCCGUGGCAAUGUUGACCCGAAAAGAUGGGGUCUGGUAAAGCAGCAAGGAGAUAUGCGACAAUUCAUUGCUAAGGCCAUCAGAUUACCAACGGCAUCUCUGGCUUUCCAAGACUUCCAAGAAGUAUUUAUUGAAGCCGUGCGUUUUCCUAAGCGCAGGGACUUUUUACACCCCGUCUUUGGGAGCGAAAAUAAGAACGAAGCAUAUACCAAAACUGAAAGCCUUGCAGUCACAUCAUGCAUUGUCGAAAACCUUCCAGCCUCGUACGCUAUAUUGGCUUCAUUGUUUCCAUCAAUCGCUCAUAAGCUUGAAACAUACAUGGUAGCCAACACACUCAGAAUAACCAUUCUCCAGAGUGUCCAUAUCGACAUUUCUCAUCUACCUGUCAUUCUGUUGGCACUCACCCCGUCUGCCGUGGAUGGGGAAGAGAACUAUCAGAGACUAGAAUUUCUCGGGGAUUGCAUUCUGAAGUUUAUAACUUCGCUGCAUCUCAUGGCUACUCAUCUACGCAUGCCUGAGGGUAUGUUGACAGGGAAGAAGGGUAGACUUGUCAGUAAUGGGUAUCUAGCGCGGGCUGCCUUGGCUAAAGGCCUUGAUGAGUUUGUUUUCUACAAGCGCUUUACAGGAGCGAAGUGGAAGCCAAGAUACGUCAGUCAGGUGCUCGCCAUCACAAACCCACCAGCCAAGCAAGAGAAGUCUUCGAAAUUGAUCGCUGACAUCAUCGAAUCACUGAUCGGUGCUUCAUACGUUGUUGGCGGGUUCUCAAAAGCAUUUGCAUGUGUGAAAGCACUGCUACCCUUAGAGGAUUGGAUGCCAAUACCUCAGGCCAAUGAUACACUUUACAAUGCCGCCCCUGAACAGGACUCCGUAUUGGGCGUCAUUGCAGUGGAGAAUCUCGUAGGCCAUGCUUUUAACAACAAGGCAUUGCUUCUCGAAGCACUCACGCAUCCUACAUUUCGCGGCCUCUACACAUAUUGCUCGUACGAACGAGAAGAAUUUCUUGGCGAUGCGGUGCUCGACUACAUCGUUUCAAAACGGCUCUACAGUCAUAGAUUGGAGCUCCCGCAUCACAAAAUGCACAGCAUUCGAACCGCGAUGGUCAACGCCUCGUUCCUCGCUUACAGUAUGUUUGAGACAACUGUGGAAGAACUGUUCACCAACAAGGAAACUUUACAACCUGAAUCUCAUCAAAGAGCUCUAUGGCAGUUUCUUCGGUCCACAAGCCAUGAACUUGUCAUGUCACGAAAAUUAGCCAUACAGCGACAUUCUGAAGCCCGGAUUCAAAUAGCCGAAGCUCUCCAGCACGAUGGUCGUUUUCCAUGGCACGCUCUCUCACUUACGGAUCCGCCAAAGUUUCUCUCUGAUAUCGUUGAGAGCAUGAUUGGUGCCCUUUACAUAGACAGCCACGGGUCUUUGCCUGUCUGCGAAGAGUUUGUUCGACGCCUUGGCAUUCUGCAAUGCCUUGAACGCAUCCUGCGCGAUGGGGUAGAUUGCCUACAUCCAAAGGAACGCCUGGGUAUUCUUGCGGUAGACAAAGAAGUGAAGUAUGUUCGUGUCGUGAAUAAUGGUGAGAGUGAAGAAGAUGGAUCUAGCGGAGUUGAUGACAUGGGUUACAAGGUACAAGUCAAAGUUGGGGGUAAAGAUGUGGGAGGCGUGGUAAAAGGGGUGAAGCGCCUUCAGGCUGAGACUAUCGCCGCGUGGAAGGCUAUCGCAAUACUCGAAGGAGCUGGUGACAGGGAUGAAGCCCUGGAAGAUGAGGAAGAAGAUGAGUUUUUUGACGCCGAAGAAGGUGGUGGUGUCAUGCUGGAACUUGAAUAA